ACAAAAUAAUGAAUAUGUGCCACGGUGUGCAAAUAGCUUUUAAGCAUAAGGGUUUGUUUUUAUUUCAAUAAAAAUGCCCAAGAUUUUGUCAAAUUUGUCUGUGCCACAAGUAACUGUGAUGUGUUGUGAUGUAACAAAGAAGCAACAUUUGAAAUUCGAAAACAAGCGUAGUGUAAAGAUAAACGUACGCAUCUUCGUUACCAAAACGACUACAAAAGCGAAUCCUCUGAAUCUGAAUAACUUUCUUUACCACCAUGAGGGGUAAAUCGGAAACAGAGGGAAAUGCUUUGUACAGCCAAGAUCUCCAGAAUUCUGUACAAACAGCAAGUGGGGACAAUGUGGAAGGCAAACAUUCAAGGAAGUCGAGUCCCGUCAGUCUGGACAAGACAACCCAGAUGGAGAAGGUUGAAACUCUUGUGCAAGGCCCUGCACGAUGGCACCUGGCCGUGGAGUCAGAGGGCAGAACCUCUAGUGCACUCACAAUGUUGGAGGACCUGUCUCCUCAGAAGAAAAAGAAGAAGAAGAAGAAAGAGAGUGCAGUGAGAGAGGCUGCUCAGCCAACAGAGGGAGGGAGAGAGGCAGAGGUGGCAGAGCUGUUGAGGAAGAUUAAGGAGCUACAGAUCCUGCGAAAGUCGGAAAGGGAGGAAUGGAAGCAGGAGAAGGAGAGAAUAGAACAGGCCAGGGAGGAGGAGAGGAACAGGUGGAGGAAUAUCAGGAGGAACAUGGAGAACACUAUGGAGGAGCUGGACUUGGAGAAGAUGCUGGUGCAGCACCUGCGCAAGGAGGACCAGGAGAAGUGGUCCAAGACCACCAACAGCCUGCUGAACCAGCUGAUCAUCGAGAGGGAAGCGUGGCAGAUGGAGAGGGGGCAGACAAACAAGCAUCGCCGGAAAGCGGCAGAGGAGUGGAGGAAUGAGAUAAAGGAGAAGGACAGGAAGAUAGCGGGGCUGGAGCUGGAGCUGAAGAAAGCCCUGAGCCAGAUGAAGGAGAACAGGGAGGCGAUGGAGAAUGAGAGGAGGGAGAUGGAAGCCGAGUGGGAUGAGGAGGCGGCGUUGCUUCAGAGGACGCUCCGAGAGAGGGACCAGGCUAUCAGGGCGGAGGAGAGGAUGAGGGAGCUGGAGAGGCAGGAGAGGGAGAAGAGGGCAGAGGAGGAGAAGAAAGCCAUUAUUGCAGAGGUGAAGAUGAAGGAGGAGAAGAAAAGGGCUAAGGAGGCAAUCAUGACCCAGAAAUCAGAGGAGCGACGGUGGGAACAGGAGAGGCUGGAGAGGGAGAAGGAGGAGAAGAAAAAAGAGAAGGAGCAGAAGGCCAUUAUAGCGGACCUGAGACGAAAGGAGGAGGAACUCCUGAGGAAGCAGAAGGAGAUGAUAAGGAUUCAGGUAGCAGAGGAGAGGAAGAGGGACAAAGAGCGAAAAUGGUGGAAGCUGGAGGAGUGGAAGGCCACAGCAGUAGAGAAGAAAGCGAGAAAUGAGACCAAGACUAUGAAGGAUGAGAAAGAAAGAGAAUGGUCAAAAUAUUUGCUAACUGGGGCAUGA